AUGAAUGAAUUAUUGGAUAGUAAUAAUAAAGAUAAUGAUGUUAAGAAUAAUUUUCAUAAUUAUAAUCAACAGGUACUUAUUAAUAAUGAUAUAGAAUAUAAGUAUAAUUUUUCAAUAAAUUCUAAUCCCCCUCCAGAAUGUUCAUUUAAUCCACCUGUUUAUGUGGAGGAAAGAUUUUGGUUGGUAACUGUAGCAGGUACAAUAAUUGCAAUUAUUUGUAUCAUUGAAAAUGCCUUUCUUUUUUCAAUGUUAGCAAGAAAAAGAAAGUAUAGAAAUUCAUAUGUAUUGUAUCUUCUAUUAUUAGCAUUAUUUGAUAUUUUGAUUGGUAUUGCAUAUAUUCCAUUAAUGUCAUUAUCAUUAUAUCUUGAUUAUAUUCAAUCAGUAAUCCUUUUAAGAGCUUGGUAUGCUUAUAUGAUACCAAUGAUUACCGUAUCACAUAUCGCUAUGACAAGUACGACAUUCCUUAUAGUUGCUGCUAGCUGGGAAAGGUAUUGUAUUACUGCUUCAAAUACUAAAAUGGUUAGAUUUCUUAAUAAAUAUAGAAAAAAUAUUGCUGGUGGUGCUGUUAUAUUAGGAAUGUUAACCAAAAUAAGUUUAGCAUUUGAAUUUGAUAUAAAAUUUAUUCCACGAUGUGUAAAUACAAUGGCAGAGUAUGAAUUAAAUUCAUCCUCAUUAGCAUUAUCCUAUUAUUAUGCCUUAUUUUGGAGAUUAAUAUUUAGAAAUAUUUUUACAAUAUUAGCACCAUUUUUUUUUCUUUUAAUUAUUAAUGCACGUGUUGUUUAUAUAUUACAUCAAUAUCCAACAACAAUUAUUAAUCAAUUUUCUACUGAUAAAUCAUUAAUAAUUAAUGAUAUUGAAAAAAAAAGUAAUAAUCCAAAAUUAAGUUAUGAAUAUCAAAGGAAAGUAAAAGUUAGAGCUGCCACGAAAACUCUUUUAUUUGUAGCAUUAUCAUAUAUUUUGUCAAAUUUUCUUAAUGUUAUUUUAACUUUAUGGGAGUAUAUUGAUAUUGAAUUACUUCAAUUUGAGUAUCUUUCUUUUUAUACUAUAACAGUUGAUUUAGUUUCAAUUUUUACCGUUUUAGUUGGUGUUUUAAGAUUACCAAUAUAUGUUGCCUGUAUGCCUGAAAUGAGAAUUGAAUUUACUAAUUAUUUUCAUCAAAUGUUUAAUCCAAAAGAGUAUGAUGAAAUGUUAAUGGUUAAAAAAAAACCUGGUUUUUUAAGAAAAUUUAUUCAUAACCAAUAUAAAGGUCCUAAUAUUUUUAUUGGAAUGGGUGAGAUGUGGCUUUUGAGGCCUAUGCAAAAAGGAAAUCAUGAAGAUGUGAUGUUAGAUGAUGAUUCAUUAUCAUCAUCUCCAGAUUUUAUUGAUGGUAAUGAGUAUAUUGAGGAUGGUUUUUUUGAAUUAUCUAAAGAUGGUACACCAGUAUCAAUAAAAAUAAGUUCAUCAAAUUUAUUUGAUAAUAAAAGUAUUAUGGAUAAUUUAAAGGAUGAAAGUUAUCACAGUAUAUCUUCCAAUAAUAAAGAUAGUCUCAAUUUUAAUGAAGUUUUCUUGUAA